AUCUGGUUCAAGAACCACCGGGCUAAGUCCAAGCGGGAGAGUCUCCAGAAUAUUAAACAAGCUCUGCCAGAGACAACUGGAAGCUCUGAAGCUGUUUCUGAGUCAACCCCUUUUCCUGGCCCCAUACCUGUUGAUGCCUCUGCCAAUGGAGAGUCUAUGUGUUCAGGCACAUUUGGUGAGGAUUCCAUUCCCAAACUCAACUGCAGCCAGGAAUUUUCUCUGCCUCAUUUUCUGGCCUGUGAUGGGGACAUGUGUUGUCCGCAAGAAUACCUGCUUUAUGGCCAUGCUCCUGUUACAGCUUCGAACUCUGGUCAAUCAGUAGCAGUUGAAGUCCAGACUGGCCUAGCAGUAGCUGGAGCUCCAGUCAUGGUAGGUUCCACCAAAGGUCCAGAGGCUGCUCAAGAUUCAGGUCCAUCUACAGAGGAGCUCUGGCAAUGGGUUCUUCAAGACUUUGAUGAGUGGGAGGAUUGGUAUACCUUGAGAUAA